AUGAGAAAAGAUUUGCAAACUUCCACGCAGACACAGCAACAAUUCUUAUUAAACCAACAAAAUUUAUUUAAAAAACAACCUUCGCAAUGGCAAGAACAGCUUCCUUUACAACAACAACUUAUACUACAAGAACCUUUAGAACAGCAGAAAGAUUUUUUGAUAAGUCAAGAAUCAUUCUUACAAGUCAUUCAGCAAUCAUCAAACCAACUACAUGUUGUUUUAACUCAUCAACAAACUACGCAACAACAACAAAAUCCCAUAAACCUUUUACAAGCUUUCAAUAAAAUUCUAUCAGACCAAGAACAAUUCAUAAACCAACACCAACAGCUUAUACAAGAAAAGCAAAAUUCUGUGAAUGUGCAAAUUAAUAAAGCAAACUGUCUCGACUGUGAAAAUGAUUAUGUAAUUACUAGAAAAGAUGUUUAUAAUGCAUAUAUUCAAAGACACCAAGAUCAUACUUACCUGACAAACGGUCACCUAAAAGCCAUUCUCGUUCCUAAUAACGUAAAUGAUGCGAUAGAAUCAGAAAAUAAUGAUCAUGGAUGGCCAAAUUUAUUUUGGUCCAAUUCCAAUCAGCUUCAAGACCAUCAAAAUCUUCAAUCUGAGUAUCAAUAUCUUAAAACAAAUUAUGAUAAACUUCAAAAAAAUUCUCAAAAAUACCAGAAUGAUUUUCAAGAAACUGACAGCGCAGACCAACUAUCAAAGGAUAUCCUUACUUUACAUAACAGUUUAGAUACAUUUUGUGGCCUUAAAAGAGGUGUUGAGAUUUAUGAAUCGGAAGUAAAGGAACUCUUAAAAAGAUUUGGUCGUCUCCUAAUCGGUGAUAUACGAAAUAAUAAAAAUUUAAUUUCUGGUUUAUUAGAACGUCAUGUGAUUGAAACGGUCAUUGAUAAAUGUAAAGAAUAUUUUAAAGAGAAUAACAAGGAUGACGAACAAGAUAAUGAUCAAAGAUUGGAAGCCAAAAUAGUUAAGACAACAGAUCAGUUAUUGAAGCUGGCUACUACAACAAAAUUAUGGCAACAAGUUUACAGCGUUCUUGGGAAUCGAGGAUUUAGCAACAUUAAAGAAAAUAAGAAGCAUCAAUUAAUUGUAAACUUGGGAACAGAAGUUGCGGAGCUAAUGAAUCGUUAUCGUAAAUUUAAGGAUCAAAAAAAUUUUGUAGAGAACGAAAAAAUGAUAGACGAAAUUGUUAAGCAAAUUGUUAAUAUAUUUCUGUUUAGAUUAAAAGUACAAGAACCCGUCGUCGCUGACUAG